AUGCAAGUGCGCAGGGACCAAGUACACUUGAAAAAGUGCCAGUGCAGUGCUGUUGUGUGUCCUGAACCCAGAGACCUGAAGAAGCACAUGCUAAUGCACAGAGAGGCGCAGGAGAAAGUACUGACACCCAGAGGCACUUGUGAAUACUCAGGUUGCAGUUCUUCAUAUGCACAGUUCAAGAUCAGCACAACAAUAGUAGAACUGCAGCCCGACAGCACUGCACUAUUCACUAUGAAUGACCAACUAACUGAGCGACAUCGAGACCAGAGCAAGCCGUGUGCACUUGCAUCCACGUCGAAAACCAGCCUCGAAUGCCACAUGUUUUCACACUGUCACAAUGAGUCUGAAAAGUGUUCCACUACUCCUCCAACGAAUAUUCAGAUGGGAGAGAAGGGUUCUGGGUGUAACAUCUAUCCCGCUGCAUUCUCGUGGUAUGGAAGUGACAAGAACCAUGUGGUGAAGCAUACUGACAAGAGGCCACACAAGAGUGAUGUCUGUCCUGCAGAGUUUAGCCUGAGCGGGAACAUACAGCAGCACAAGCGGACAGAUUCAUGCAAGAAGCCACACAAGUGUGAUGAGUGCCCUGCAGAGUUCAGCCGGAGUGCUCAUCUGCAGCAGCACAAGAGGAUACACACAGAGUUCAGCCUGAGAGGGAACCUACAGCAGCACAAGCGGACACACACGGGUGAGAAGCCAUACAAGUGCGAUUCCUGCAACGCAGAGUUCAGCCAGAGCGGGCAUCUACAGCAGCACAAGCGGACACACACGGAGUUUAGCCAGAGUGGGCAUCUACAACAGCACAAGCGUACACACACGGGUGAGAAGCCAUACAAGUGCGAUUCCUGCAACGCAGAGUUCAGCCUGAGAGGGAACCUACAGCAGCACAAGCGGACACACACGGGUGAGAAGCCAUACAAGUGCGAUUCCUGCAACACAGAGUUUAGCCAGAGUGGGCAUCUACAACAGCACAAGCGUACACACACGGGUGAGAAGCCAUACAAGUGCGAUGUCUGCCACGCAGAGUUCAGCCAGAGCUGGGCCCUACAGCAGCACAAGCGAACACACACGGGUGAUAAGCCAUACAAGUGCGAUGUCUGCCACGCAGAGUUCAGCCUGAGAGGGAACCUACAGCGGCACAUGCGGACACACACGUGCGAGAAGCCAUACAAGUGCGGUAUCUGUCCUGCAGUGUUCAGACAGCGCUCAACCUUGUCAUGUCACAAGCGGACACACACGGGUGAGCAGCCAUAA